GUAAGCUGGGACUGCAUCUCUCUCUCUCUCUGUUGACACCUCCGCAGAUUCAGCGUGAAGCUGGGAGAGAGAGAGAGAGAAAAAGCAACUCAGACAUGCAGACUGCACGAACAGAAAGAUGAGGACAGAGGGAGUGAGAGAGAAAGGAGUGAAAGAGGCUGAAGAUAUAUUUUGACCGUGUGGGUGUGUGAAGUCUCGAGGCAUGCAUCAUAAUUGUGGGUUCUUCUUCUUCUUCUUCGCGGAGCAGCUGGACAAGUCACUACAUCAGCAAGACAGCGGAGGUCUUUCAAAGUGUGCUGUUGUACUUUUAAGCAGUCAGAGCUGAAAGGAAAGGCAGCGACAAAAUGGAAACCGCUUUGUUUCUGCUGCCUCAAGGACUUCAUUAAGUGAGAGUCUGAAAACACUCAAGAGACUUAAGUCAUGUCAAACAAUGAUGUGUGGGAAAUGAUAAAAUAUCUGCACUGUGAGUAACCCAGAAUUCAAAUCAAGAAUUCAUCUGAGAUGGCCGUCAGCCCUUUUGUCAUCUGCCUCCUGACUUUGAUCAGUUGCAGCUCGUCUCAGCCCACUCCCCCGCCUCCCCGAGGAUGCAGCGUGGGCGUGGAAGCCCCCUACAGAGUGCUGUGUGACCUAGAGGCGGUCUGGGGCAUCGUCCUUGAGGCCGUGGCCUGCAGCGGCGGCCUCACCUCUUUGGUUCUUGCGGUGUUGCUCAUCGUCAAGCUGCGUGGGGUUUCUGACCCGGCCAGGCGCUCUGGCCUCGGCCCUCUGCUCCUGCUCCUGGGGACCCUCCUCGGGAUCUUCACCAUCUCUCUGGCUUUCUUGGUGGGGAAGACCCAGGUGCUCUGCGUGGUGCGCAGGGCCUUUUGGGGACCCCUCUUUGCCCUCUGCUUCUCCUGCUUACUAGUGCAAGGUGUGAGACUCAGGAGGCUGGUGGCCGGGAAGUCAAGCCCCACUGGGAGCACGCUGGCAGCGCUAGGACUGGCAUUGGCUUUGGUUCAGGGGAUAAUCUCAGCUGAAUGGGUUCUGUUGACUGUCGUGAGAGAGGGUCAUCCAGCAUGCGAGUAUCCUCCCUUAGACUUUGCUCUGAUGUGCAGCUACACUCUGGGCCUGCUCCUCAUAGCCAUGGGUCUCUCUCUCGGAGUGGUGCUCUGCGGAGGAGAGUUUGGAGAAGAUGAAGGAGAUGGCAGAGAAGAAGACAGAGAAGGAGAGACAGAAAAGCGACAAUGGAAGUGUAAUGCCGUCUGGGUCUUUCUGUCCAGUUUGGCGUCUGCAUUGCUUUGGGUGGCCUGGCUGGGGUUCUACCUUUACGGCAACCAGGCGUUGAGAGGGAAAGGGAGCAGGGAAAGAGGCGGGAACAAGGAUGCAAAAGUAUUGGAUGAGCCUGCUCUGGCUGUGGCCUUGGUGAUCCAGGGCUGGAUCCUGCUGCUGUUCCACGCGAUCCCAGAGUCCCACCUGUGUCUCCAAAAUCCAACACAAUCCGACACGCAAGAUUUCUUCGACACCGGCCGCGCGUCACCUGCUCCUCAUUUCGGCGAUGACCACCCCGCACAUUCUCACCAGUCUUUUCAAGAAAACCAGGCCUUCUCAAUGGAGGAGCACAGUGCAACUGCCCGAAGUGGAACGUACCACAGCGGCCAUGGCAGUAUGCGCCCAGGCAUCGCCUACAGAGGCCACGUCUACCAGCCGACUGAGAUGGCUUUGGUCAUGAACGGCGGUACUAUGCCCACAGCUCCCAUUAACUACACCGGGAGGCGCUUAUGGUAACACAAGACAGGAUUACAGUCAAGUCACUUUUGUGAUGCUGAAGAGUUUCCUGUUACCGAAGAAGAAGUGUUUCAGUGUGUUUGUGUUUCUGCACAUGUUUUAAUAUUAUAUUCAAAAGACAACUACAAAUAGUAUUUCAGACUAACUUUUUAGCUUAUUUUACAGAUUGAGGCGACAGCACGACAUAUGACAAGGAUGGAGCAUAGUGGCCGUAUUUCCACUGAGGAAUACAUAAAUAUGACGAACAAGAUUUAUUUGAAUGAGAAUCACUGAACAUGUCGAAUUUGAACAUGUGAAAGUCCAAUUAACAUGCUGAAGUAAACAUCCUAUUUAAGAACCUCGACACCAGUGCCACGGCGUCUGGUUUCUGUUAAUAGGUGAUGCUUACUUCAAUAAAACUGCACUUUUGUCAAACUCAGCCUUUAGGACUUUAAUGUAAAUGACGAGCCUACAAAGCUUGCUUAAUCUCUGUGUUGUAUUUCAGGGUUCUUUCUUAGUGACCUUCUGACUCGCUGGGACACUUGGGCACACUUUUAUUUAAAAACGUUGGAUUAUCAGGUGCUGUUAAGGGGUGAAGAAAUGUCCCAACUUAGUAGUGGUAUUUUAAGUGUUAUGCUUUAAGGAAGCAUAUAAUAAAAGCCAUUUGAUACUGCAAUACCUAACCUGCACAGACAGUCAUCAGUACAGAGAUCGUGGUGGAAUUGUGAGAUUAAAGAUUGUUUAAGUUGCAUGUGAAAGCACAAUGUGGGGGAACAGUAUUUCAUCUAAAUGUUUGCAUUUUAUGGAUGAUUUUUUUAAAGUAUUUAAAGUAUUUUUA